CCUAGCGGACCGACGCGGACCCCGCUCCGGGCGGCGGCGCAGCGGACAUGGCCCACCUCCGGGGCCUCGCCAGCCAGCACCCACGCCUGGACCCCGAGGAGCUCUUCACUAAGCUCGACCGCAUCGGCAAGGGCUCCUUCGGGGAGGUGUUCAAGGGCAUCGACAACCGCACCAAGGAGGUGGUGGCCAUCAAGAUCAUCGAUUUGGAGGAGGCGGAGGACGAGAUCGAGGACAUCCAGCAGGAGAUCACCGUGCUCAGCCAGUGCGACAGCCCCCACAUCACCCGCUACUUCGGCUCCUACCUGAAGAGCACGAAGCUGUGGAUCAUCAUGGAGUACCUGGGCGGCGGCUCUGCGCUGGACCUGUUGAAGCCGGGGCCUUUGGAGGAGACCUACAUCGCCACCAUCCUGCGGGAGGUGCUCAAGGGCCUGGACUACCUGCACUCGGAGCGCAAGCUCCACCGGGACAUCAAAGCUGCCAACGUGUUGCUGUCGGAGCAGGGCGACGUGAAGCUGGCCGACUUCGGGGUGGCCGGCCAGCUCACCGACACCCAGAUCAAGAGGAACACGUUUGUGGGCACGCCCUUCUGGAUGGCGCCCGAGGUCAUCAAGCAGUCGGCCUACGACUUCAAGGCUGACAUCUGGUCGCUGGGGAUCACAGCCAUCGAGCUGGCCAAGGGCGAGCCUCCAAACUCCGACCUGCACCCCAUGCGUGUCCUGUUCCUGAUCCCCAAGAACAGCCCGCCCACGCUGGAGGGCCAGCACAGCAAGCUCAAGGACUUCGUGGAGGCCUGCCUCAACAAGGACCCCCGAUUCCGGCCGACCGCCAAGGAGCUGCUGAAGCACAAGUUCAUCACGCGCUACACCAAGAAGACCACCUUCCUCACCGAGCUCACCGACCGCUACCGGCGCUGGAAGUCCGAGGGCCACGGCGAGGAGUCCAGCUCCGAGGACUCGGACGCCGACGGGGAAGCCGAGGACGGGGAGCAGGGCCCCAUCUGGACGUUCCCCCCCACCAUCCGGCCGAGCCCGCACAGCAAGCUGCACAAGGGCCUGCACGGCCCCCAGAAGUCCGCAGAGCCUGUCAAGAGGCAGCCGCGCUCCCAGUGCCUGUCCACGCUGGUCCGGCCUGUGUUUGGAGAGCUCAGGGAGAAGCACAAGCAGAGCGGGGGGGGCGCAGGCGCCCUGGAGGAGCUGGAGAACGCGUUCAGCCUGGCCGAGGAGUCCUGCCCCGGCAUCGCCGACCAGCUCAUGGCGCAGCUGGUGGAGCGGGUGCAGAGGUUUUCGCACAACAGAAACCACCUGACCUCUGCCCGCUGAAGCUGCGCCGGCGCGGGGAGGCGGCCUCACCGCCAGGCAGCGGCUCGGGCCGCUGCCCCCGCCACUCCCCCCUGGCUGGGCCCGGACCCCACAGAGAUGGCUGCCGCGUCCUCUCCAGCCCUGGCGCACAGACUGUCGGGCGGCCGGGCCCCUCCCCCCUGGGCCGGGCCUCCGCUGCAGGGGCGUGGGGUCAGGCGCGGCCUUGUCGCUGCCCCUGUUGUCCGGGAAGCUCUUAGAGCGCCGCUGAGGUCAGGGCGCCCUGGUUUGUGCAAGUUGCUGGCUCUGCCACUCUCAAUAAAGGCCGGCCCGGGGCCCUGCUGCGUGGGCGCGGCGGGUGCCAGACCCAGAGGCGGCGU